AUGUUUGGGUAAUAUUUAAUUAUACUCUACUCUUUCUUUAAUGUAAUUUCGGAAAAGAUUGCUUCCAAUUCAUUCCUACUAACCAAAACCCUCCAAUAAUCCAAUUUUAUUAGCUAAUAUGAAGGCAUCAAUCUACACAACUUUGACAAUGAGUACUAUGCUUUGACUCUGAGAAUUGGAACUCCAUUAUAAUUAAUAGAACUCCUUGUUGAUACUGGCUCUAGCAUAUUGUGGUUGGCAAAUUACACAUGUGAUAAUUGUUCUAUCCUCAAUCGAUAUAAACCAUAUCUGUCAUAAACAUAUAUAGAUUUUAAUUAAACUUAUACAUAAACCUAUGGGUAAGGAGAAUGUUCAGGCUAAUUUGGACAAGAGUUAUUUUCAAUUGCUGAUACACCAAUUAAUACAAACCUCACCUUCCUAUUGGCAAAUCAAGUCUCUAAUUUAUCUUUAUAAAAAACAACAUCAGGUAUUAUGGGGUUAUCUAAUUGGGAUGAGCAUACCAAUAUCUUUGAAUCCGCAUAUUCAAAUGGCUAAAUUCAGUCUCCUCUAUUUGGAUUCUAGUUCUUGAAUUCCACUAGCGGAUCCUAAUUAUUUUAUGGCCAAUUUAAUUAAUCUGUCCUUGACCAGACUAUUUGGAUUAAAACUAACAUGAAAAAAAUGUGGUCAACCGAAAUUUUGGGAGUUCAAAUUAAUGAGGAUGAAUACAUAUACUUUGAUGAUCAUAGUAGUAUCUUUGAUUCAGGAACUACUUGUUUAUUAUUAGAACAAAAUGUCUAUAACAAAAUUUACAAUGAUUAUCUUAAUUGUAAUUUAGACUGUGAUUGCAAUAAAGUGUAUCCCAAUCUUACAUUCUUUUUUGAGGGUGCUAAGGUAACUGUACCUGAUACUGCUUAUAAAAGAUAUUUAUAUAAUGGAUCAUGUUCAAUGUGCAUUGGUUAAGCAAAAUCAACUAAUAUUCUAGGAGACCCAUUUAUGAAAUAGUUUAUCUCUAUUUUCAACAAAAAAGAAUAACUUGUUGGAUUAUAUUAGACUCCAAAGAUGUUCAAUAUUAGAUAUUGGUACUUUUACCUUGCUUUAGGAAUAUAACUACUAUUCAUUUGUGCAUUAGUAUACUACUAGAUACAAAGAAAAAUAAUAGCUUUAGAAUGA